AUGCAGAGGAAGAGCAGCUUCACUUGGCUCCUCAUCACUGCUCUGUGUGCAGUGGCAUCUGGGCUGACCAGCAAAACAUACUACCAUGUGGAUGAAAUAUUGACCUUGGCACGACGCUCAACAGUACUGCCGAGAGCACUACACUGACCUGGCCUUCAUCAGCAACCAGGAAGAAGCAGAGCUGGUCUUUAACAUUACAGAAACGGCGCAGGUGAUGUGGAUUGGUCUAUACAGAGAUGCCAAUGACCCAAUUGGGUGGAAGUGGUCAGGAGGGGAGGACUCAGAGUUCAGGCUUUGGGGAAAAAAAGAGCCAUACAAAGGUAAAUCUGAGACCUGCGUCAAUGUGCUUGAUAAUGUAUGGAUUGACACAAAAUGCGAUAAUGAACACACUUUCGUCUGCUAUGGAGGGGAGAAUGAGCUGAUCCUGGUUCAGGAGAAUAAGACGUGGGUGGAGGCUCUAAAGCACUGCAGGGAUCACUACACAGACCUCCCCAGCCUACUCUCUGAGACAAAGCAGCUCCAGGCCCAGAGCAAGAUGAAGGGGGCCCAGACGGACCACGUGUGGACGGGCCUGCGCUUCCAUGCCGGCUACUGGCUGUGGGUGAACGGGGAUGCUCUGGAGUACCAGGCCGGGUUAGGGACCGGGGGGACGCUGCCCCAGUGCCCAGGCAGAUACCACUGUGGGACCCUGGCCAAAGAAGAAGAGUACUGGGGAAUCAGGGACUGUGAGGAGAUGAUGAACUUCCUCUGCUAUAGAAAGUGA